AUUUCCUGUUUCUGCACCAGAAACAUCUUAUCAGGCAUACAUGGAACUGGGUGAAGGGGCAGUGGGAAUCCCAAGAAAGGAAUGGAGCCUAUGAAGCUCUUUCAAAGCCACAGACUUGCAGGAAGACCUGAAGGAGCUCACCAGCCCCUUCCACCCUCUGUUUCUUAAACUGGAGAGCCCUGGAUACCUCUCCUCCCUCAGCUGCUCUCCCCUGUUCUUGUCCUAGAUCCCCCUCUCCUGUUUACUGGUCUGGUUGUCAUCUUUUUAUAACCUGUCAGGGUUUUCCUGUGUCUAGGGGCAGUCCUUGACUCUUUCAAACUCCACCCCAUUCACCCCACUGUUGAGUAAGACCUGCUCUUUGGGAGCUGCCAAGGAUCUUCAGGAGCUAAGAACAGUACAUUGGUGUUCAGGAUGCCUUGGAUGUUCCAAUUUCUUUUCUGACUUACUUAAAGGGGCCAUUCAAUCCAAGAUCAGAACUCAGAUCCAGUGGUCCUGGAAGAUUCACUGAAUAAGAGUACAGUAUCAAAAUGUCUGAGCUAUUUUUGUUUGAAGGGACAAAGAUGACCCCUUUAUUCACCAGCAAGGAGGAUCUGCUCUUUUCCCGGGAUGAGUUUUUGGUGAGAGAUGAUGAUGUCAUCAUAUUGACCUACCCUAGAUCAGGAACACACUGGAUGAUUGAUAUUGUCAGUUUGAUCAACUCCAAAGGGGACCCCAGUUGGGUCCAGUCUGUCCCCAAUUUUCUCAGGUCCCCAUGGAUAGAAAAUGAUGCUGCAAUGAAAGCCCUAAAUGACCAGGAGGGACCACGCCUCAUGACUUCACAUCUCCCCAUACAUCUCUUCCCCAAGUCCUAUUUUACCUCCAAUGCCAAGGUCAUUUAUGUCGUAAGGAAUCCAAGAGAUAUUCUUACAUCUUAUUAUUAUUUAAAUAAACAAAGCAAGGUGUCAAAGCAAGAAAAUUUUGAUGAAUUCUUCAACAGGUUUAUCCAAGGUGAUGUGGUUUAUGGACUUUGGUUUGAUCAUACCCUUGGAUGGAUGGAGAGAAGAGAUAAGAAGUGUUUCCUACUAGUGUUUUAUGAGGAACUGCAGAGGAACAUUAGAGGCAGUGUGGAGAAGAUUUGUCAGUUUCUUGGUAAAAAUUUGGAACCAGAAGAAUUUGACUCAGUACUCCAUAACAGCUCCUUCUCAGUCAUGAAAGAGAACAAAAUGUCCAACAUGGGGCAGCCAAUUUUCCAUGCCUCCACUGAAGCACCAAUGCUGAGAAAGGGAAUUUCUGAGGACUGGAAAAACCACUUCACAGUGGCCCAGAGUGAAGCCUUUGACAAGCUUUUUCAGGAGAAGAUGUCACAUUUGGGGCCAGGAUUGUUCCCCUGGCACUGAGGCUGUAUCUUGCUUCAGGUUUCUGUGUGUUGGUUUGUUGGGCAGGAAACAAGUGAUUACCUCUUAGCAACUUUUUUUUUUUUACCCCACACUUCUGAUUUGAGUAGUAGUUAACAUCAUGGAACAAAGGACAAAAAGUCAUCUUUUUUCAAUGGCUGAAUCUCAACUGAUGUAGAGUACAAGGUAGACACAUUUGUAUCUAUUCAUUUAAGUGGAAUGCUUAAAAUUAUAUGGUACUCAAUAAAUAGAACAAAUAUCAACUUAAGUGCCCAUUUCUUUAAAACAACAACCAAAAUAUUUUCUAUUAGGAUUGUCAAGGAUAAGUACAAGAAAACCCUGUUCUCUGUCUGAGGUUGGAAGAAACAGAGCAGAAGCAGUAUCACACACUUAAGAAUCAAAUUAUGAACUUUAUGACUGAUGAAGAUCAUGUUGGGGAAUUAAGCCUAUUUUUGGCCUGUCCCACAGAAGUGUCUGAUGUAUCCCACAGUAUAGCAUUGCUACAAGAGAAGAAAGGGGAGCAGGUGUGUGCUCAACUGGGUGAAUUAGAACUGGUCCCAAGUCAUUGUUUAGGUCAACAAAAGAAUAUUCUGUGAAAAGCUAAGUUUAAAAAAUUUGGUAUGGCUACAGUAAUAUCAGAAAACUUUGAUGAGAAAAAUGCUUCCCAAGUCCUCCCUGUUGAUUCAUCUAUAUUUAUGGAUGUGGGGAACUAAAAUCCAUAAGGUUGCAUCCAUCCCAAUCAUAGAGUCCUCUAAGAUUGGCCCAAACAAAUAUUUCUGCAAAUACUUGAGAAAGGAGAACAAAAACAUACAAACUUUACAGUGAGAACUGUGCCAUGAACACCCGUUCAGGAUGUUAUGAAGCUUGUGGCAUGAUGGCAGUUGUGCCUCUUUGAAAUAGCAAUUGGGUAAAGCAGGGCAUCAGCAAUGGAACUUUCCAAUCAAUACCUCUCUGACUCACUAGUAUAUUCAUACAGGAAGCUGGGCUACGUUCAUUUCAACACUUUCAAGAUCAAUUGGAGAAACCAGGUUCUCCACUUCUGGGAGAGUGUGAAACAUGUUACACAUUUUUCAUGAAUAUGAUUUCUGCAUACAAAUAUAAAUAAUUAAAAUAAAAUUCCACCACUUUCUUACAUUUGAGAAUAAUUCACAUUAUUCAAAUUAUUCUUCCAAUAUUCUAAACGUUAUAAAAUUAUAAAGAACUUGUGAUAGUUUCUUAAUUGUCAUAGAGAAUGCAAGAAAGUUUUAUAUUGUAUUUUCAAUAACAAGAAAAUCAAUGUAACU